AUGGGUAAGUUUACUACUAACCUAACGCAGUAUUUGCCAUUAUGCAAUCUAACCAAAUAUGGAGCUACCUUUGGCAACAAGGCAACCGGCUUUAUUACUGUUAAAAAUAUAAAACAAAACAGAGUUGAUUUAAUAGCAAUUUGUACAAUAUGA